GAUUGAUCAUGUAUGGAGAGAAUUUAAUCCCAGUUCGAGACAUUUUUUUUUUCCUUUUUCUUUCUUUUUAUACUAUUAUAUAUAAGUCAUGGAAGGUGAUUCCACCAAUAGUGACGAUGACUUUUUAUUUAAAGAAACACAUUAUGCAAGAUAUGGUUACGAAAGAACUAAUAUCUAUGGUAUGGCUCUUUUAGAAACGCGUUUACCUACUUAUCUUGCUAGAGCUCAAGAUUUCCCUUCUGGCCGACAUGAUCAACUUCCCGAUACCCCAAUGCCGGAACAACCAAAACCUCUAUUAUCAAAACCAAGACGACAUUUGAUCACAGCUUCUGCUUCAGAACUUACUGCUUUUAUUGCUAACGAUGGUUAUUGGAAUUGUAUUUCUCUUGAUUUAGACCUCGAAGCAGGCAAGUCAGAGGUCAUUGCUGUUGAUACCGUAGAAUUAGGAAAUGGAAAGGAUGAUAUUCGAAUAGCUGUAGCGAUUGCUAUUGCUGAAAAAGUGGAUACUGACAAUGAAUACGCUGGAAUAACAUAUAGUUUACGUAUAUAUGGAUUUGAUACACCUGCUCAACAGUAUCUCGAACAGACAUUGACAAAUAUUUCAAAAUCUUCACAAAUCAUUCCUUUAGAUAGUCCACCUAUGCAAGUAACUCACUCUUAUGUUCACUGUCAAGGUCAAAAGAAGAUUGGCUUUUUUGCAAGUUCCAUGGAUGGUAAUAUUCGUCUUUAUCAACAGGGUGAUAUUUCAAGACAGUUUCAAGAAAUAUCUACCUAUGGGCUCUAUCCUAUGAUCAAUAAUAUAUCAGAACGUCAUAUCAAUAUUUUGUUUAUGCAUUUCUUCAGCCAUCCCAAUGGUAUUCAAGUUGUUUGUGCCGGUGGUCAACAUGGUGAACUUUUUCUUGCUUUUUAUGAUAAAAAUGGCCGUGAAACACGAUCUCAUUGUAUACGAACUUUUAGUCCAAUCUCUUCUGUUUUAAUAUUUCAACCACGAACGACGAAAACAAGUCGCGAUGAAGAAUUAUGUCUGGUGGUGACUAGUCCCAUUGAACAAGCAUCAGUUUACAGGUCCAUACAAACAGAAGGACUUUCUCAACAUCGAGUUCUACCACAAUCCACACUCUAUGAUAGCGUGCUUUGCUCACAUGCUAUGGAUGUUGAUUGGGACGGAGAAAGAGAAAUAAUGAUUGGUACCUAUGGUCGACAAGUCAUUAUUUAUAAACAAGUGGCGGGAACACAAGAUUAUAAUGUACUAUGGCGUCGACAAUUUGCAUAUCCUAUCUAUCGGAUUGUACAUUUCGAUUUGAAUUGUGAUGGUUUGGAUGAAUUAUUGGUGACCACGAUGUAUGGAGUGCAUAUCUUUCAGCCAAAUCUGUGGAAAGCCAAGACUCGAUUAUUGGAAGUACUACAAUUCAUUCAAGGUAGCAAGCGACAAAAAUUGGAUUUACUUUUGGAAUGGAAAAAGCAGACUGAAUUGGAAAAAUCGAUCAUAUUUGAAUCAUCAUAGUGAUAUAUAUA